CAGAAUACUUGGAUAGUUUCACAAAAGUUUGUACAGUAAUUUUACACAUUUUUUUAAACAGGGAUAGACAUGAAUUGGAAUUGGAUUUCCAGAGAUUUUGGGAGGAGUUCCGUUCAUCCAGUUCUGAAAAGAAGAAAGAAGCGGCCUUGAAUUUGACUGUAUAUUCUUUUUGUAGAUUAGUGAAGCAUUAUGCUAAUGUAGCCAAAUUGGUUACCAUGUUAGUUGAAACACACAUUUUCUCAUUUGUUGUGGGAGGAGCCUUCGUCACAGAUGUUGAGAAGUUAAAGAUCAGCAGCAAAACAAGAUCACUGGAUGUAGAGAAUGUAUUAAGAUUUUUUUCGGAAGUCACAAAGGAUGGCAUCAGUCCUGGUUCAAAUUUGUCAACUGCCAUGGAAGUCCUUGUAUCUGGGGUGGAAGCAAGCAUAGUGCAUGUUAUGAAAGCAUUGGCAAGCCAUCCUUCGGCUGCACAAUGUUUGGUUGAGGAUGAUUCACUUCAGUUGCUGUUUCAGGCGGUUGCUAUUGGCUCUUUAACAAUCUUCUCCCGUUAUAAAGAGGGUCUUGUUCCUCUGCGCAGCAUACAACUUCAUAGGCAUGCAAUGCAGAUAAAAGUUCUCUUAAUGGCAGUUAAAAGAUUUUAAUCCAGACUCUGGUGAUUCUGCCUACACCAUGGGCAUCGUGGAUCUGUUGCUUGAAUGUGUGGAAUUGUCAUAUAGACCUGAGGCUGGUGGCGUCAGGCUCAGGGAAGAUAUACAUAAUGCCCGUGGUUGUCAGUUUCUUGUUUAGUUUGCAUUGGUUCUGUCUUCCAUGCCACAAAAUUAUGGUGCUCCGUCUACUUAUUCAAAAAGUUCUGUUGACCAAGAAUACACUUUAGAUGGUUCUUGUUAUGGAAAG